CCCACCACCCACCCAUUCAGAAUAUUUUCAGAUCUCAUUAUUAUUAUUAUUAUUAUGCGCUCAAUUUCUCCACCUUUUUAGGCCAUUAAAACCAACCCAACCCCCCUGGUUCCUGAUCCAACCAUCACUCCACCCAAGAAAUCAAAGCACCCAAACCCCUACUCGUCUAAGCCUUCAAUUCUCUUUCCAGAUGGCCAGAAAGAGGUCACCCAUUUUUCAGAAGAAUGUCCCAAUCCUGCUCCAAGCUUGCAUCUUCAUAGCCAAACUGAAGAAACCCAUCGUUUCAAAGCUUCUACUCCUCCUCAAGAAAUAUUCAAGUCGGCCCAAGAAGCUCAAGCUUCUCCACAGGCACCACUACAACCAUGGCGGCUACCUUCGGGAAUACCAGUUCUCUCCUUCCAGCACUCCUCUCAUUGGCUACCACAUCAAGCCACCGUUCAAGAAGGGAAUCAAAUACAGAGAUAUGUACUCCGUUUUCUUCGCCUGCUGCAAGUGUUUUGGCAGGUGGGCAGACGAAGUCGAAGACUGCCCGUUGCCGCUGCCGGCAGCCGAGGAUGCGGCCUCCGAACGGCUGCCGGACUCCGGCGGGGAGGAAGAUUCGAUUGACGAGAGGGCGGAGAGGUUCAUCGAGAGGUUCUAUCAGGACAUGAGAAUGCAGAGGCAGGAGUCUGUGUUGCAGCUCAUGGAUUACUCCUACACAUGAUCAGAAUUUAUCCUCUUUUUUUUUUUUUAAAUUAAUUUUGGAUUGUCAUUUUUUGGUUUGGUUUGGUUUGGUUUAUGUUUAUUGAAUCUGGAGUUUUAAGACUCCUUCUCCGCAUUGGAUUUUGGAGAAUGUGGAGAUUAAUUGUUCUUUUUAUUUUGUGUCAUCUUGUGUCGUCUUCCUUAAUU